CAAUUUCAUUUGCGCGGCUACACCUCGGGCUGCAAAACUACACUUCAGAUACCGAUACAAUGCCAUGUGAGACACCUCGGCCAACGUUCCCAUUGCCUUCAGAUUUCAGCUUGCAUUCGCGAUGCACAUAAGCUCUUGUACUCAAUUGCGAUUACUAAAGUCGGGUCAGCUUGUACUCUGUCGCCGUCGAUUGGAGGCUUCAGGGUUCGCAUCGCACGCUAUCGUGGUCCAGUCCUUGCCUACCGUGCGCGCAAUGGAGACAUCCACACGGGACCAUGCUCAGGCAGCCACAGCACUCCCCAUGGCUGCCUCUAAGGCUGCAUCAAACAUGCUGCCGUCUGCUCCCACCCCUCUAGCCGCCUCCACCCCCUCCUCUACCCCUACCGGCCCCACCACCGCCACCAACACGCGUUACCCGUAUCCCCUGUCCACACUGGUCACCGCGCUGUCGAUACCGCCCUCCCUGGACCGGCAGGUAGGAGCCCAUGUCGUACACCUGCUCGUCCACCGGGAGGGGCCCGGCUCGGAGGUGCUGGCGGAGCUGCUGGGGCUGCCGCAGGACCUCAUGCUGCGGCUAAUCUGGUUCGGUGCCGUGUACUACUGCCCCGUGCCGCCGCUGACACAACAACAGCAGCAGCAGCAGCAACACCGACAGCAGCAACAACAGCAACGAAAGCGACACCAGCAGCAGCAGCAGCAGCAACAGCAAAAGCAGGUCCGUGAAGGGGGUCGGGAGCAGCGGGCACAACGCGCUGCGGCGGCGGUGGGGCCUAGCCACGUUGGGACGGAUGAUGCGGCUGAUGCCCCGUCACUGCCUCGUGUGAAGCCCCAGAAGCAGCAACAGCGGAUGGAGUCCAUACCAGGGCAGCCCCAGACCCAGCCUCAGCAGCAGGACACAACCCGGGCAGCGGCGCUGGCUCGGUGGG